GUAAGGACCAUAUAUCAUCAUUCUAUUUGCAUCAUCAUCAUCACCAUCAUCAUGGAGCCAUCCUUUUAACACACGGAGCUCAUUUAAUACUUUUACCUACAGCGGCCUUUGAGCUGCUGACCCUCCGCCGGACUGCUUCCUCCUCCCGGUCAUCUCUCUGCUCUGUCGCCGCCAUGCUCGGUUGUCUGCUCCCUCUGCUCACCGUCGUGCUGUCCGUCCUGUCGGCUGCAGGAGACCCGGCGGGAUCCGCUCAUGUCGACGGAGCACCGCCUUCUAAAAUAGCGGUGGUGGGGGCGGGGAUAGGAGGCAGCGCCACUGCACAUUUCCUGCGCCAACACUUCGGCCCUGAGGUCCAAGUGGACGUGUUUGAGAAGGGCGAAGUCGGAGGCCGUCUCGCCACCGUGACCGUCAAUCACAAUGACUACGAGUCCGGAGGUUCUAUCAUUCACUCCCUCAACCUCCACAUGCAGGAGUUUGUCAAACAGCUCGGUUUGAAGUAUCGCCGCAGCGUGGCAGGGAAGACGGCGGUGUUUAACAGCGAGGAGGUGAUUCUGGAGGAGACAGACUGGUACCUGCUGGACUUAUUCCGUCUAUGGUGGCGCUAUGGCAUCAGCUUCAUACGCCUGCAGAUGUGGGUGGAGGAAAUCAUGGAGAAAUUCAUGAGGAUCUAUAAGUACCAGGCCCACGGCUACGCCUUCAGCUCAGUGGAGGAGCUGCUGGACUCCCUCGGGGGGAGCGGCUUUAUCAACAUGACCCGAAGGCCGCUCUCUGAUUCGCUCCUUGAGCUGGGCGUGUCGCAGCGCUUCAUCGACGAGGUCAUCGCGCCCGUCAUGAGGGUCAACUACGGACAGAACGUCAGCAUCCCUGCCUUCGUAGGAGCCGUGUCUUUAGCUGGUGCCCAGAACAACCUGUGGGCGGUGGAAGGAGGCAACAAGCUGGUGUGUUCGGGGCUUCUGAAGAUAGCCAACGCUAACCUGCUGCAAGCACAAGUCAACUCCAUCUCCCCCGUUUACUCUGGGGAGGUGGUCCAGUACCAGCUGAGCUUCACCACAGCAGAGGGAACAGGAUCAGAGCUGUAUGACAUCGUCGUGCUGGCGACGCCACUGCAGGCCAGCGUCAGAUCUGGAGUGGAGUUCCAAGGUUUCACGCCUCCUUUUGACCAGCUCCCCGGCAACUAUCACAGCACCGUAGCAACCAUCGUCCACGGUUACCUCAACACCUCUUUCUUUGGUUUCCCGGACCCCCGUCUGUUCCCCUUUGCCAGCGUUUUGACAACUGAGACGCCAAAUCUGUUCUUCAACAGCGUGGCUAGCGUUUGUCCUGUCAACAUCUCGGUGGGUUUCCGGCGUAAGCAGCCGCAAGAGGCCGGAGUCUAUAAAGUGUUCUCAGCUCAACCUCUGGAAAAGGCUCAGCUCAAAACACUCUUCAGGUCGUACUACUCAGUGCAGGUGACAGAGUGGCAGGCCUACCCUCGUUACGGCAGCACGCAGGGACUGCCGCCAGUGGAGCUCCACCCAAAUCUUUACUACCUCAAUGGCAUCGAGUGGGCCGGGAGCGCCAUGGAGAUGAGCUCAGUGGCUGCCAAGAACAUCGCCCUGAUGGCUUACCACCGCUGGAACAGACAGACGGACAUGGUGGACCAGAAAGAUCUGAUGCACAGGAUCAAGACUGAACUAUGACCUAGUCAACUGAAAGUCAAAACAUGUGAAGUUCGUAGCUUAUACAUCAUCUCAUAGCUGAUGUGGCAGAUCUGAAUUCUUAACUGCACAUCAAAUAUCUCCUGCUGAAUUCUUGAGCCAGAAAAAUAGCCACAUCCAAGUCAUGUAUUGCCUUUGCUGCAUUCAUCGGCAUCUAUACAGACUCAAGCUGAAGAUAAUCAGAGCCUGCCUUACACUAAACAUGCAUUAAAGAGAAAAACAAGCGUCAGCAUAAACUAAAACAAUUUGAAUGCACCACUAAAGACAAUUGAAGUAAUCUGUUGUCAUCCAAAGGCCACUUCAGCGGUCGUCCUCUGUGUCAGCUGAACUGUAGAUAGUUGGGAGAUGUUGCAGUAUUGUUUGGAUAUUGACUACUAAUGCUAAUUGGUGGUUUCAUCCAAGUACUCGGCUGCUGGCUGGUUUUGUUUGCCAAGAAAUAAGGACGCCAAGCAACCAUGGAAAACACCUGUUAAUUUUUAAACUGAGUAAAAAAAAAAAGGAAAAAGUACUGCUUUCUUGAGUUGCUCUUUGCUGUUUAUACCUCCGUAGUGUAAAGUAAAAGUCAAGAAGUCAAGGAUUUAAGAUUCAGAGCAUGAAUUAGACACUUUUAAUUGGCUGCUUUUUGUCUGACCUGUAACAGCUUUAACCUACCUUAUAGGCACAUAAACCAGCGCUCUGUUGUCUAAUCAGAAACAACGACAGCACUGCUAUCACUGUCUAUGUAUUUAAACUGUUAAUGGAUUUGCUGUUUGCGUGAACUUCUCCGAGGAGAACUCAUUAAAGUAAUCUCACUAGGAUUUUUUUGUAAAUUAAUAAAAUCAUUAUUCAGUGACUCAUGGUAGUGGCCACUGGUGCUAUGCUCCAUUGCCCCUUUCAUCAGACGAUUUCAUUAUCUCCCCUUCCUGAGGCUUUUGUUGCGUAAUCCAGCGGAAAGAAUCUUUUUUCGGGGAAUGGAGCCAACAAGCUUCCCCGCCGGACCGAAUAAAAGCAGAGGACAGCUCUGUGGGGCAGCUGGUGGUGAUGAUGGUGAUACUUUUCCCCCUUUUCGCUCAAUCCCUAAAGCCUUGUUGAGAUCCUGCUUUUUUAAAACACAUAUAUGAGGAUAAAGUUGGAUGUUCGCUUCCAGAAGCAGCACGUGCUAAAAAAAACCGCCACAGACUUUUGAUUAUUCUCAUAAGACUUGCAGAAAUGCCUUAUUUUAUUUAUUUAUUUCUAGUAGCAGUUUUGGACUGUAAAGUUUUUCUCGAUCCAGAAAAAAACUUUACUUAACUAUUGUCAACUGAAAAUCUUGUGACUCCAACGUGCAUCGGUUGAUGGGUAAUGUGAUUGUGUCACGUGAUGAGAAAACGCCACAGCCCUUUAAUCUGAUGGAUUGUUUAAAAGCCUCAUGACAGUGUCCGAAAUGAUGCGGUCAAGCUGAAUUGAAGGAUGUUUUCACUGAGCUCCUGUUUUUUCUUUCCUUGUAUGUGAAAGAGUCAAAUAUUGGUAGUAAUGGUCCCCUAUAAUUCACACCUGGACUGAUCAUCAGAUGAAGAUGGAUCCGUUGACGCUCAAGCUUCUCAGAUUUGCAGACUUGUUGUCUGUGUUGCCCAAAAAGUUAAGCACAAUAAAAACCAUGUGAUAUGGUUGAAAGCUCCUGAUAAACCUAGUAAAUGCCUCUUGAGUUGAGAACUACUAUUUCUAAGGACAAGAAUGAACUUUACAUGCCAACAGAAACAAAGUCCUGAAAUCACACCUCAGAAUGAAAUUUGAUACUUGAUCUUUUGGAUAUUUUACAUUUCAAGUAUUAGUACAGAGUCUAUCUGUAGCUGAAAUAAAACAUUUAUGGGUCAAUGACGUAUAAGGAUUUUCAACAACUCAAUUUUAGAAUAAUAAAAAC